GGGUUUGAUACGUCGCUUUUCAGAAGAUUUGUAACUCCACGUUGCCCAGUUAUCACCAUUUGUCUACGAGCUGGCCCAUUCUUGCUUGGUGCAUACUUCUUAACUAAGGGAUACGUCUAAUUCAGUUUGCAUUUAGGCUAUCAUGGCAUCAGCAUUCAGUAGUGAUGGAGCUGAGGUGAUGCAGCGAGUUCUAAUUUCAGCAAAAGAAGGUGGACACCCCAUAGAUGUUGAGCUGGAGGAAUUCUAUGAGCUGGAGAGAGCCAUUGCAUUUGUAUGUGAUAAUGGCUUCACCAAGGUUGCUCUUCAGUUCCCUGAUAAACUCUUACCAGAUUCAGUAGACAUUGCUACUAGACUGGAAGUAGCAACUGGUGCCAAAAUGUACAUCCUGGGGGACACAUCAUAUGGCAGUUGUUGUGUGGAUGAGGUGGCAGCGGAGCAUGUCAGUGCUGAUGCUGUAAUACACUACGGCCCUGCCUGCUUGAGCCCCUGCUAUAAACUGCCAGUGCUACAUGUGUUUGGUCGUGAGAAGCUGGACGUGAAGCGUUGUGCAGAAGUCUUCCAGGAGCUGUAUCCUAACCACCAAGCUCAUGUGGUUGUGCUGAGUGAAGUGGCCUAUUCUCAUGCUAUUGAUGACCUGGCUUCUCAACUGUACCCCAGGUAUCCCAAUGUGGUAUUCUCCCAGUUGGACAGCAAAGAUGAUCCUGAUUCAGCCCAGCCAAUUUCUGGGCUGGUGCAGCAAUUUGGACGGCGUUUUGUAGUCAAUGAACAGUAUGGUUUUGAUAACUACACAAUGUUCUAUGUGGGUUGUGAAGGCCCAGAGCUCACCAACUUCAUGCUGACCUGGAAUCGGUGCUCCUUCAGUUCCUUUGAUCCAAAGACAGGGCAAGGCCGAUGGGAAACACUGGAUGUGAACCGGGCCCUGCGUCGACGCCUCUACCUUGUGGAGCGAGCACGGGAUGCCCAGGUUGUGGGUAUCGUGGUGGGCACUCUUGGUGUGGCUGACUACUUGUCUGUUUUGCAGCAUCUGCGAGAAAUCAUUCACUGGGCAGGCAAACGUGCAUAUACCCUAGCAGUGGGCAAACUUAACCCUGCAAAGCUGGCAAACUUUCUAGAAGUGGAUAUCUUUGUGUUGGUAGCCUGCCCACAGAACUCCUUACUUGACUCCACUGACUUCUACCGUCCUCUGAUCACACCCUAUGAGAUGGAAAUAGCAUGCAAUCCAGCACGGACCUGGACAGGCGCUUAUGUCACAGAUUUCCGCCACCUCCUACCAGGAUCAUGUGACCACAUCCCUUUCCCAGAAAAGCUGACAGAGACCAACAAUGAACCCAGCAUUUCAUUAAUCACUGGAGAGCUGCAGUCAACUCGCCUUUACAAGUCACAAGACAAGGAAUCAAGCCCUGGCACUGCUGUGGCCUGCCAAAGCCAUAAGCAGACUUUGGCUGAGAUCAGCCCAGGAGCUUCAUUCCUGGAGUCACGCAGCUGGCGGGGGCUAGAGCAGCAGCUGGGGCAGACAGCCGUCACAAAAGCUGUGGUGGGGCGGCGAGGCAUUGCCAUUGCCUAUGAAGAUGAACCCUGUGGAUGACACAGAGCGUCACAGACAGUGGGCAAAGUUGCCUUCCCUUGCUUGAGCCUAGGGGGUAUGGGUGAACAUGGCCUGGAUUGAAAGUCAUUUUAAGGCAAGCAUCAACAUGCUGCAUGUGGCCUAGUGUAGCACUUCGCACAGCAGAGGGACAGAUCAGCAUAUGCUGUGGCAUAUAGUACUUCGCAUUUGCUGGAAGUGUACUUUUCUGCCAGCUUAGAAAAGUAGAACUACUCUCCCUAUGCUGCAAGUUCCACUCAAGUUCAUUGAGUAACAUAAAGCUGUUGGUUAGUUCUGGGGUAAGGGUGGUGGUGAUAGUGGUAAACAACUUCUCUGUCCCCAUUUGUGGCUUGAGUUGGCCAUUCACUUGCUUAGAUUACUCUUUAACAAGAAAUAGAUAAGGAGGAGAAGCGAAGUAAGCUACCAGAUAAAACAUUUGAAAUACAAAAAUGACUAAAAUCAAAUUUGCUAUUUUAACAAUUGUGUUUCAUUUACCCCAGUCUAGCAAGGUCUAGUGGCCACUGCAUUAGUAGUAGAGUAGUUGGUAAGGAAGAAUGUCAGGGAGCUUUCGACAACAAACCUGCAGUCUGAAAUUUCUUCUAGGCAUUGAUACACUGAUGAACACCUUGGACAGUAAUAUUGCCAUAAGCUGAAUUGCCUACCAAGGAUAUGUGAGAAAGUUUCAUUAUCCAAAGUCAAAAUGAGAAAACAAGGCCCUCUUGCCAUUGCCCAGAAGCCCCUUAGAAACAGUUCAUAUAUUUGUUUAUCUAGGAUCAAUUUCCAUAAAGGAUGGCAGGGAGGUGGGUGGGUGGAUUGUAGGAGGACAGCUUCCAGAGUCUGGUUGAUUCUUGGCUUUAUGCACAAGGUACUGAUGUUAGGUAUGUGAAAGAUUUCUAGAAAGGAUCUGCCAUUAAGGGUGGAAUUUGGCAUCACAAACGUUUUUCUGAUGGUUUUUAAAGUAUCCCAGCAGGGAGGUAGGAUUAGAAAUGAAAGAAUUUGGAAUCAGGACAGAAUCUUCAACAACGGGACCUUGAAUAGUUGUAGUAGAUACCUGGGGUAAAACUGGGCCCAGAUCACUCCUGAGAUAGUUGGGAGGCAAUUUUUGCGCAUUAAUAGAGGUAUAAAAUGAAAGAAGUGAAAGGUGCUGAUCUGUGUCUGAAAUUUCUUUCCCAGUAUAAGGCCAGGAGAUGCACAAGAUACUUUCACAAAUGUGAAUCUAUGCACACACCUGGCUAAGCUUCUGGUGCUCAAUAGUUAUUUCUACUGAUCACAGACAAUGCAGAACCCCUUUUAAAAUGUAGCACACCUGUCAGUGGUGUGUAAGUCCAUACCAUCCAAGCAAGAAUCAGUGCCAUUAAGUACAUGUUACAGAAUACAAACACCAAAUACGGAUUUACACCCCAGAAGUUGAGAUACUGCCUCAUGUAAAACUGUAAGUUUAAAUAAAUUGUAAUU